AUGUCCGGCCCGCCGCCCAGUCCUGCUCUCGGUGUUCUCCGGGUCGCCACGCCUGCAGACAUUCUGCGAAUUGGUAUUGUUGCCGCAGCCUCGUUUUGCUACUCGCCUCUAUUCCGAUGGGAAAGACCCCAUCACGAAGAGUUCCCAGACGAUACCUUGCUGUCGUAUCGCACGCAGUUCAAGGACGCCAUGAGCAACGACGAGGUGGUUGUUCUCGUUGUCGAGGACGCCUUUAUACCCAACGAAAAUGAUUGCACAAAGGCCAUCAUUCCGCCAGGAAAUGGCUGGACACCUCCUGCCGAGGGCGAAAAAGUCGUUGUGGGGGUUGCGAGUAUUAAACUAGAGCCGGGGUCGAACAGGCGUGGCCAGUUUGCUUCCAAGGAUGGUAAGAAACAUACUCCGAACCUCAGCCAAUAUCCUCUUGUGCUAACGACUACUCUAGGCGAAUACCCAGAAUUGCCGCCGUAUUUGGGCCGCGAUCUCAAUAGGAAACACUAUGACGCUUGGGGCGAUAUCGUCGGUGCCUCGAAGAAAAACUACUGCUAUGGUUUCUCAUUCAUGAACAUGGUUGCUGUGCAUCCGGCCUAUUGGAGACGAGGACAUGGAACCAAGCUGGGUGUAAGUGCUGCAGAAAUGGGAGCGAAUCUCUACAAAGGCCUCGGGUAUACUUUCAUUUGCAAAGUAGAGGCCGACGGGGAUGAAGACGAUCCCGAGGAUGUUGUCACCGUCACCGCUGGGAUCGACACUCCAGGGACUUUGAAGAGUGCUAUGGUAUCUGUGAUCAUUUAUUGGCUCCAUCGAGUGGAUUUGAUGACGGUGCUGGUAUCUGCGGCAUGUAUUGAUUGGGAGUAUCACGAUGGCUGA